AUGUCUUACUUGGAAAAUAUAGUGGUAUCCUACGGCGAGACUCCUACCUCCGAGCCCGCCGAUGCCAUCAGGACUAUCGAUGCCAACAACGACGACAUCAAUGCCAGUUUUAAGGGAAAAUACGUCUGGCUUUCUGCGAGAUAUGGCUCCGGCUCAUCCAACAAGGUCUCCGGGAUCGACAUCAUCAUCCAGGCGGACAAGGAUGACAGGUAUGACGACCUGGCUAAAGGUGCCGGCGGCGAUUAUAGAUACCUGAACUUGCGAAAGGAUGGCAGUAAGAAGAUAGUUAAUGUUGCCCUUCUUCGCCGUAAGGAGAGUGUCAGCUUUGAGACAGUCCACCAGCUGGGAUACGACGGGUACUCCACGGAUAUCAACAAGGGUCGUGGUGGAGACUAUCUCUAUCUUGUGUGGAAGUCUGACUAG